CUUUUUUUUCUCUACUCUCCUAAUAACACUCCAAAAUCAAAUUUAUCACCACCUUCUUCGUCAACUGCCCAGAAAAGAAACACAAAUCCCCAAAUUAGCCGGAAAAUUAGGGUUUCGAAGAUGAUGGGACACGAUCAAGAUUCGACUGAUGAUGAUUCUCACGCUCAGAUGGAGAGCUUAGUUCUUCAUGAUCCUCCUCCUAAAUCUUCCUUCAAUGGUGCUUUUCGAUCUCCUCCCGAGAUUUCCACUACUGCCAUUGAUGAUUCUCCCGCCGAAACUCCAACUCGAUUGAAUCACGACAACAGUCAAAGCCCUAAUUCCUCCCUUAAUUCGUUUCUUGAACCUCCGUCUUACGCUGACGCUAUGUUUCGAUCCUUCGACGCCGAUGUCGAUGUCGCCGGAGAAAUCAACGGCCAUGAACGUGUCAACUUGCCAUCCUCGGAUUCGGAGUAUAUCUACAUUUCGGUUUCAGAUCCCCAGAAGGUUCCGGAAGCUUCGAAUUCGCUGGUUCCAGGUAGUGGUUCUUACUAUACUUACUUGAUUACCACUAGAACAAACUUGCCGGAGUUUGAAGGGACUGAGUUUAGUGUUAGGAGGAGGUUUCGAGAGGUAGUUACGCUUUCGGAGCGAUUAGCAGAGGCAUUUCGAGGUUAUUUCAUUCCGUUGAGGCCGGAUAAGAGUAUAAUGGAGAGUCAAAUGAUGCAAACCAAUGAUUUUGUGGACCAAAGGAGGAUUGCUAUUGAGAAGUACUUGAAGAAAUUAGCAGCUCAUCCUGUUAUUCGGAAAAGCGAUGAGUUUAAGGUGUUUUUGCAGGUGGAAGGCAAGCUUACGCUUGCUAGAACGAUGGAUGUCACCUCCAGGAUGCUUGAUGGGAUGGUGAAGUUGCCCGGCCAGUUGAUAGGGGAGUCCACGAUUGCACCUGAGGAGGUGGUUCAGCCUGCAAAAGGCGGGCGGGAUUUGUUCAGGUUAUUUAAGGAGUUGAAGCAGGCGGUGACCAAUGAUUGGGGUGGGACAAAGCCGACAAUUGUUGAAGAGGAUAAGGAGUUCUUGGGGAAGAAAGAGAAACUUAAUGAUCUUGAAGUGCAGCUUAGCAAUGUGUCUCAACAGGCCGAAACACUAGUGAAGGCACAGCAAGAUAUUGGUGAGACCAUGGGUGAGUUGGGUUUGGCAUUUGUUAAGCUGACAAAGUUUGAGUUGGAGGAAGCAACUUAUGAGUGCCAAAGAACGCGAGCAGCUGACAUGAAGAAUAUGGCCACAGCCGCAGUUAAAGCGAGUAGACUUUACCGUGAACUGAAUUCGCAGACUGUCAAGCAUUUGGAUAAGCUCCAUGACUAUCUAGGGAUGAUGCUCGCUGUUGACAAUGCAUUUACUGAUCGCUCAAAUGCUUUGUUGACCGUCCAAACUCUUGUAUCUGAGCUAUCUUCCUUGGAGUCACGAGUUGAAAAACUAGAAGUUGCUUCGUCCAAAAUUUUUGGUGGUGACAGGUCCAGAAUGCGGAAAAUUGAAGAACUAAAGGAAACUAUGAAAGCGACUGAAGAUGCUAGAUGUUGUGCAGUUAGGGAAUACGAAAGAAUCAAGGAAAAUAACAGGAGUGAGCUCGCUAGGCUAGAUAAGGAAAGGUGUGCAGACUUUUUGAGCAUGCUGAAGGGGUUUGUUGUGAAUCAGGCAGGAUAUGCAGAAAAGGUGGCUAGUGUUUGGGAAAAGGUUGCAGAUGAAACUAAAGGCUAUGAAACUAAAGGCUAUGAAUAUUCUGAUAGUUGAUGUAAAUACUGUACAAGUUUUGAUUGUUGUUUUUGUAGUCUAAUUUCAUGUACAAUUGGACAUAAGAAGUACAAUAAAGAUUUUCUCUUCAAAA